CUCACUGUCUGUGUGUGAGGACAGGCAAGGCACAGUUGCGAAGGCAAGUGUUUCCUUCAACUUGAGGAAGUGUCCUACGAGACCACGAGAGGAACCUGCGUGGCCUGGGUCUCAGUCCCUCCAGGCAGAAUUGCUUCAAGACACCUGAGUGUCUGGCUCUGACGCCAAGGUCUUGCUUUGGAUUGUGCAGCUGUCUCACAGGCGCGCCGCUUUCCCUGCCUCAUGAUGGUGGCUUUGGGGCUUUUGACUGCCAUCCUCGCGAGUUUACUGUUGUACCAGAGGAUCCAGUGCUGCGGCUCCAUGGACUCUGCGUGUGCCCGCUGCCCCAGCUGCCCCAACUUCUGGAUGAGGAAUGGCAGCCAUUGUUACUAUUUCUCCCUGGAGAAAAGGGACUGGAAUUCUAGUCUAAAAUUCUGUGCAGACCAAGGCUCACAUCUGCUUACGCUUCUGGACAACCAGGAAGUGAACCUGUUCCGAGAGUAUCUGGGCCCAGACUUUUACUGGAUUGGCUUGAGGAACAAUGAUGGCUGGAGAUGGGAAGGUGGCUCAGCUCUAAGCUUAAGGAUUCUUUCCAACAGCCUGAUACAGAGGUGUGGUGUCAUCCACCAAGCUGGCCUUCAGGCCUCCAGCUGCGAAGUCCCUUUGCCGUGGAUCUGUGAGAAGGUCAUUCGCUGAUGGAUGCCGCCACAUGCUGAGCCUUGGAUCUGCCCCGUGUCUUUAGAAGGGGGGGUGGGGAACCGGCUCAGUGAAUCUUUGUCCACAAAUGUAUGUUUAACAAAUGCCAAACCUGCUAUGACACGCUGCCGUUAGACAGAGAAUUAGCGUAGCCUCCUGGGGUUGGCAUUUUCCUGCUGGGCUUUCUCAGAGACUGCUGAAGUAUUUUGUUAGCCAUUUAAAGCCUAGAUCUGGGCUAAUGAAAUAGAGCUUGUUUUAAUGGGUCUCACUGUAGAAACUCUCAUCCCCUCCAUCUCUAUUCAUCCACAGGGGAAUGAAACCCUGCCAUGUUCAGUAACAUGUUACACAGAGAUCAACUAGACACAGAAAAGCACUCACGCCAUGUCACCAGAGUACAGGAAGAGUGAGAGGAUGGGAGAGGUUGAUUAACGUUUUGGCCAGACCGCUCUGUAGCUCAGCGAUGUGGCAAUAAUGAUCAACAAUCAUCGUAUGGCUACCAAUUUAUUGUGAAUUUCAAAAUAGCGAGGCGAAAAGACGAUGGAUGUUUUCUAAGGACUGGAGGAUACAUGUGCUGAGGACUCUGUGUCAGUCAUCUUCCACCUGUACUGAAAAAUCACGCCGUACCCAUCAAUGUGUGUGCUUACUGUGUAUCGAUUAAAAGUCAAAGUCAAAAAAGUCA